GCAGCCGCAGCGCCUCCGGCAGCGACGAAAUACGGUCCUCCGCCGCCGCCCCCGCGCCUGGAUGCGCUCGCUCCCCUCCCUCGCCCGUCCGCCGCCUCUUCGAGCCGCCACCGGAGUCCAACUCCGUCGCCAUUCCCUCCCGUCGCCGAUCAGCCACCACCCCAGUGCUUUUGCUUCCUGUGACGGGCCGCUCGGCAUUAACACUUAACACUAGUCUCAUGGGCUGUUAUUGUUGGGCCAGGUUUACCCAGUUCCACUGGCCCAGAACUCGGAAUCUUUCGGCUGCGGGCCUGUGGGGGACAGAGCGCUUUGCCUUUUCGUCAGCCUUUUGCCAUUCCCUCAAAAAAAAAAGUUAGCCUUUCCAUUAUUCGAUCUUUUUUCCUUUUGCCCUUGUCUUCUUCCUCGCCGCUCGUCCCCUUAAACCCUCCCAUGGCGGCCCGCCCAUGCUCCCGCGGCUGCCCCAAGCUCCGGCGCCUCCUCUCCUCCGCCGCCGCCGCGAACCUCCCCCUCCUGUGAUCCUAGAGGCGCACGGCCAAGGGCUCCCUGGCGGAUUUGGAUGAAUGCCACCGGCCGGCCGCCCCAUCUCCUCUCCCCAGCGAGAUCUAGGCUGCAGCCCCAAAGAGAACUAAAUAUUCUCCCUCUCCAACUCGCGCGAGCUUCGAUCCGGUGCCCUGCGGCCGGCGUCCCCGAGACCGGCCCCGGCCCCAAACGCGGUUCCCAACCCGACGCCCCCCUCCCGCACGCUUGCGGCCUCCGGGAGCAUCGCGCGGUCCUACAUUUCGUUGCGGUGUUUAUGGUGCCGCCUGUGUACCAGGAGCCUAGUAUCAUGCCGAUCAAUACAAGAACGGAGAAGGAGUUGGAAGAAAAGGAGGUGUUAUGCACGCACAAAAAGCCCAAAGCUACAGGGUGUGUUGCCCAACCGCAGCAGGAAACUGAACUCGCCAUUGAGAGUGAGAAUAAAGGGCAUGGUGAUCCUUCACCAAAAGAGUCUGCUUGUGUUGUGCUGAGCAAUGGUGAAGCAAAUGGUUGCAGUGAGGGGCAUGUUCUUGACAUGACUCGGGUAGAAAGGAUCAUUACAGUUCAAAUAUUCCAUACAGGCGGUGCAAAUGAAGAACCAGAAGCAAGGUCGAGACUGGCUCAACUCUGCAGUGCAAUUGGCUGGAAGAGUCCAACAUAUGAGUUUCAAGAACAUGGACAUGGCCAUACAAAACUGUUCACAUGCAAGGUGAGUGUUCUUGUGGAGACGUUCACAGACACUGUUGUGGAGUGCAUCAGUGAGCCCAAACCCCAGAAGAGAGCUGCCCAGGAACAAGGUGCUGAAGGUGUGUUAUGGACCCUCAAGCGCCUUGGUCAUGUGAAAUAGCUCUAGACGUCCUCCAUCAGGCGUGGCGCGACGUCUGUGUACCCUCUUGUUACCAUCCGAUCCAUCAUAAGAGCGGUAUCUGAUCUUUCUUGAAUCCAUGACUCAACCUGCGAUCAUGUUGUCAGCUGAUGCUUAUGCACGGUUAAACUUGUUGCUCUGUCGGUCGUGUUCUAAUUUUAUAUUGCUUUAGAUCUCUAUACAAACGAGUGAAGUGAACCCAUCUCCAAUAGUCCAAUAAUUCUUAUCUUUA